CACGUGUGUACACACUGUAGGGCUCAGCAGCACUUCAGCAGUAGUAAAGUCUGCAACGGACAGCCCCUUUUCAGAACAAGCCUCGUACGAAAAGUUGAUAGAUGAGUUCUCCACCGUAACGGAGUUAAACCGUUCUUUUUGCUGUUUUCUUCACCGAAGCGAUUAUACUACGUGUGUUGGUGAAAUGAAGCGACUGAGAAAUGCCAGUGAAAAUGCUACAUCCAAACCCAAUGCCUCCGUAGGUUUGUCACCCAGCCAAAUCUAUACGUUUCUGUCGACCUGUUGAGGGACUGGACCUGUGUCAGAGCCCAGCGAUGUGGCAAUGCAUGGUUUACAAUGAGACGGACACCAGCGUGGACUUCCGGCUCUGCCAGGACUUUGGCCUCAUCCUAUCAGUCUUCUCCAUCAUCUACCUCCUGGUGUGCUUUCCAUUGGGGCUGUGCUACAAUGUGCUGCUGGUCGUAGUCAACCUCUCUAACAAGGUGUCUAUGACCAUGCCGGAUGUUUAUUUCGUCAACAUGGCCAUUGCGGGCCUUGUGCUCAACCUGGUGGCGCCCGUGGAGCUACUGAGCUCCACCUUCACCCGCUGGCACGCGUGGGAGUACAACAAUGAGGUCUACAUCACCCUGAUCAUCCUUUUCAACAUCUCCUCUCUGGUCAUCAUGUAUUCCACCACGCUGCUCAGUCUGGACUACUAUAUAGAGCGGGCGCUGCCUCGUACAUACAUGUCCAGUGUGUAUAACACCAAACAUGUGUGUGGGUUUAUCUGGGGCGGCGCGGUGCUCACUAGCUUCUCUUCGCUGCUCUUCUAUGUGUGCAACCACAUCUCCACUAAGAUGGUUGAGUGCUCCAAAAUGCAGAACAAGGAGGCAGCAGACGCCAUCAUGAUGUUCAUCGGCUACGUGGUUCCAGCUGUGGCGGUUCUUUAUGCCUUUGUGCUCAUUUUGCGCAUUAGGAAGGAGUCUACACCUCUGGACCAGGACUCUGCUCGCUUGGACCCUUCUAUCCACAGACUGCUGCUUGCCUCAGUCUGUGUACAGUUUGUACUGUGGACCCCAUACUACAUGACCCUGUUGGUACACACUGUAGCUGGUGCACCAGGAUACAUUAGCAACGUACAUUACUUACCUACAUAUUAUUUCUUGAGAUGUGUGUCUAAACUGCUGGCUUUCUCAAGCAGCUUUGCGAUGCCUCUCAUGUAUAGGCAGAUGAAUAAAAACUUCUCCAACAAGCUUCAGCGGCUGCUCAGGAGGCUGCACUGCAGAGACCAGUCCUGCCCUAAUGAACGCUCAACAGUGCAGCAAGUGGUGACGUGAGAUCUCCCCGUUGGGAGAUUACGCCCCUCCCACUCCCUCUUUUCAAACUCUUGGCGUAGCCAGCACUUAUCUCCCCCCCCCUACGGAGCCAGUAUCUGAGUGGGCUCCCUCGCUGCUCUGGACUGUGUUAAGAGCGACGUAGCUAUCUGUGGAAUUUCCUGUCACCUUCCAGAAUUUGAUCUGAUCUUUCCAGUUCUGCAGUGAGAGGACACGCCAAGCAAAAACCACUAAGUGCUGUUAUUUUUUGUCACUGAGUGAAACUCUCCACUAAGACACUUGAGCUUCUAGUUCGAGGGCACAAUCAUUGGUAAAUUGGCACAAUCAGCAGAUAACUACCCAGCACAGUGUUUUCUCUGAGUUUCACACUCAAUAUCCUGUUAGCAAGGAACUCCCAAGCACUAUACCAUUGCAGUGGGUGCAGCUUCCCAGGUGUGUUAUGAAUUUUCUGCAGUGUGUUGAGUCACAAUAUGUUUCUAGAUACUAUUUAAGUCCUAACAAAAAUAAUUACUAAAUGAUGCAUGAUGCGUUCUCCUAUCAGACAAGCAGAAGUAGUAACCCACACACUUUAAUUAUUACGUGAAGCCAAGUUAUUUUGUUUCUUCAAAAAACUCUACAACCCUGCAUUAUUGGAUGGUGGCUGGUAUAUCAGCGACCCACCAGAGCUAAUGAACUUGCAUUGUGUGUCAACAUUGCAAACAUGUUGCGCUGCCAGUGAACAUCAGUGUUUACUGCCCUCAAACUAGAGGCCUCGAUCACUUGAGAAGUCAGUUCUACCUUUCCAGAGCUGAAUUUUCCUUUUACUUAAACGUGUUGAACGUGAUUCCUCGUGAUCAGAGUAAAUAAUCUUCACAUUUUAAAGGUAGAGUACAUAUCAAUGGUCUCUUAAUUUCAAAAGCUGUUUUCUUUCUUAACACCAGUACUACCCUGUAGCUAGACGUACUGGUAUGAAGAUGUGUUCUCAAUUCACUUUUAUUAAUUGAGUUCUGAGGUUUUGACACGCUCGCAGGCGUGAAGAGAUUAUUCUUGCUAGUCAAGCUCCACAACAAAUAUCAUAGAAUAAAUUAAUAUACAUCCACACCACUUUAACUUCAUACAGAACUACAUGAAAUGCUUAUAUAAAGCUUAUAUUCAGGGUUCAGACAUAACCGGUAUACCUCUUGUGAUCUCUACUGAAAUCACAUUAUCUGUUAACCAUAAGCAGUUCAAAUACACUCAUUAAAAACCAGCUCAUUAAUUUGAGCCUCAGCCCAGUAUGUGACUUGUUCAGGAAUUAUGCUCACAUAAAGUCAGUGAAGGGCCCUGAGGAGGUGGCAUGUACAUUCCCUAAAUUGUAUGAGUGGUUGGAAGGUUUUUCCCAGUGGAAAUUUGAAGCCUGACUUGGUCACUCUAGAGGCACUAUCAAAACCUUCACAAAUUAUAAAUGACUCACCUGUCGAGCACCUGCCCACAGCGUGUUUGACGCAGAUUUUGAACUGUAAUGCUGCUCAGAUCCAGUAAGGUAAUCUGCACAUCACUGGUAAAGCUGCUUUGCUUUCUUGGCUGCCACUUACUAAUACUUUAAGUGAACAGACUAAUAGUGAUGAACCCAAGUUAUAAAAUGAAAAAUAUAUUUUUUUUAAACUUGUUUUUGCACGAGGUCUAGAGCAUCACUGCAGUAGUUUAGGUUUUGUAUUUGCAUUCUGAAUUGGAGAGCCAGUUUAUCAAUCAUCCUGUGAACAGAUACACCAGCGGGGUGGGGCAUUCACUUGUAGAGAAAUGGAAGGUGGGCACACUGCUAUAUUCCACCUCCAGACAUCAAUCAAUCCUAAUCACUUAUAUCUGUAGACAGUUUUAAUUUACACCUUCAAAUAAACAGUUUUGCGAUGUGCCUUGACACAAGAUGUGAGCUACAUUCACCAGUGUGCUUGGCUUUCAGCGUAAAAUGUAGAGGAUUGCCAGAUCUACUAACUCAGAUUCGAUGCCUUUCAUACAUAUAUGAAGUUAUUAUAAGAUUAUAGUAGUAUAUCACACACACAUACUGUAUUUUUUUAAACAUCUCGUGACUAUGGAUAUUUUUGUCUACAAAUGAGGUAUGAAACAGUGUCCAACAUUUUAAUGUUGGCUGCAUAGCCCCACCCUUGUUAUGUGUAUCUACAAUCAAUCAGAGAAAAGUACUGUUUAUUUUCAACUGAGGCUGUGUUUACAUUAUGUGCUACAGUAUGUGCUGCCCCAUUAAAAAAAAAAAAAAAGAAAAAAAAAAAAUGUGUAUGUAACAUGACACAGUUAAUCAUUAUUUGAACUUAGUUCAAAGUCCUAAUGCUAAAGCAAACAGAAGUACAUGGUCAGAUGAUAAGUGGUUUGAAUCAAAGCUUGUGACAGUCUGAUGGAGGAAAUUUAAGCAGCAUUUGGUGGUGUCCAUUUUUAGACCCAAAUUAGUGCACUAUAUACUGUUGGACAAAAACUCAAACUAUUAUUUAAUCAAUAGGUCCAACAGUGACACUUGAAUUAUAGUGAAUAGAAUUGAAUGUUUCCCCGUUUUCUGAUUAUGUGACAGUUUACUAACUCAAAACUUUUUUUUUUUUCAAUCAAAAAAAAAAUUUUAAUUUCAGUCUGACUCUGAAUUUGCAUCAAACCACAAAAAAGUGAAUGACAACUGUGCUGAUUUUUGGAGAAUAGCUAAAUAAGAGUUAUGACCAUCUAACUUUACCAUGUCGCUGCAGCGCCACCUGUAGGGAAAAUACCAUUAGGUUUUGCAAGAUUGCUUGGAGUUGAUAGUGCAUGUGCCAUCUAAAUUUGGUUGCAAUCACACAAAGGGCCUCACUUUUAACACCAAAAUCCAAUUAGUUUUCCUACACGUUUUUCAGCUGAAAUAUCUUGCUAAGUACUUUAAGACACAGGACCUAAAACCAACUCCUUGGCAGAGGUAAUAAUUAGCAAUCACCACAAAUGGACUGACUGCACGAUGCACACAACUGGCAAAAAAAGAUUAAUUAAAAGAAAAUUGAGCUCAAAAUCACAACCAACUCAGAUUACUGCUCAGGUCUGAGUUUGGUUUAUUAUUUCAGAGGGGCCAUAAUCUCACAUCAGUGUGAGGACAUUUGAGCAAUAAUCACUGAGUUCAGUUGACUUGCUCAAGCAGACCAGGUGUAAAAACACCCUCAAAGUUCUCGUGUGUCGAAUGUAUGCAGAUGCAUUUUAGCUAUUUGAACAACAAAACCUCAAAAGUCCAGAUGAAUCCACUUUCAGAUGUGAUGCUUUUGUGACUGUGUAUGCAAGUGUAUGUAUAAUACAAAAUAAUGUGUAUAUACUGUAUUGUAUAUGAGAGAUUUACAGGAAGAUACCAUGCUCUUUCAAAAACCCAGUAUUAUUUUCUGAGAGAUAUAUUUAGAUUCUGUAAGUAAUCUACUCUAUUGUCAACUGAGUCAAAGACUGAUUAAACAAUAAACUAACAUGGAUAUUA